GGUAUAUGGACGUUUAUUUACGUCUAACACAUUCUCAAUUGGAUAUUCAAUUGGAAAAUGUUUUAUUAACUGAACCUAAAAAACAACAACAAUUAAACGAAUUAUUAGCCCAACUUUUACACAUUCGAAAUGAAUUGACUCAAUUAGAAAGCCGUGAAAGGGAAGCUAAGAAUGCUGCUGCGUCUGCAGCUACUCGUGAUUCUAAUAAAGACGAAACUUCAUCACCUAAAAAAGCCUUAAAAACAAAAAAUAAAGGAGAAAAAUCUUCUCCACGAAAAGAAUCAACAAACGAAGAAACAAUUAAACAACAACUACCAACAACCUCGGGUGGACCAGUUGAAAAAGAAAAAUCGAAAGGUGGAGGAGGUAGUCGUUUGUUAAAGAAUACAUUGAAGAGCUUGAAAAAGAAUCUCUAA